AGCUUGAUCGACUCUUGGCGUUGAGUUCUCAACCUGGUCGAAAUUCAUGGAGCGACGCAAGCUGCUUGAUUCACUGCGCACGUUAGUGAAGCGACUGAACGAGCUGUCCCCGAAGUUGAAUCUCCUCGAAGCUUCUGUUCUAAACUGCCCAGGUUUACCAAUGCAUCAAUGGCAGGGCAAAUUGAGGAUUUUUAUCAGAGCUAUCGACGAAAAUAUUAACGAGAAAAAGCCCCAGUCUGACAGGGAUGUGUUGGUGGCCGAUGUCAAAGUGUUGGCUGCUGAUGUGGAGGAGAUACUGAAUGAGAUUGCUGGAACUCAGACGUUCGAAGAACCUUCGAAAAACUGCUUUCCUUUUUCCACAUCUAGGAAAAGAAAAGCUGUUCUUACAGUUAAUGACGAUCUGAGAACCAAAAUAUUCCGCACAAGCAGCCAAAUGGCCACACUCAAUGACAGGAGAUGUGAAAUUGGACUGCUAGUGCGAUCCACGGGAUGGGCGUAUUCUGGCCCUCGGAACAACAAUGAUAGUCUGCAUAUUGAGGGGAGUCCGUUUUGCACUAGGUUCUUAAAAAAAAAAGUAAGAGCUCCGAAUGAACAACCUCCAACUCCGGAGCAAGAACAACCUCCUCCAGCACAAGAACAUGAAGCUCAAGUCGAGAUUCCUCCAGUGCAAGCUUGUAAUGAUCGGGAACCUAGUUCCAGACCAGAAAAGAGGCGAAGAUUGGAUGAGGAUUCAGAGGGUACUAUUCAAGGCCAGGUCUCCAACAACACAAGCUUUAUGAGUGAGCCUUUGUCUGGGACCAGACGGAUCAAAACUGACAGUAACCCGAAAAUACUCGAUUCAGAGGAUGAUAUUGAGAUCUCCUGAAUUAUAAUACUAUCUCUUAUGGGAGAUCCAGAGUGCUUGAAAGGAGAGACAAUUGGUGGAGGGAACAUCAACUUCAACUGGAGCAAGGAAAUUUGUGUUUUCUAAUGUCUGCAGUUUUUUUUCUUUUAAAUGUUUUUAAUAAAUGUUAAUCAAGUGUUGUGUUUCCUUUUUCAUUUCCAUGCGCUUUUGAUGGAAUAAAUGUAAAAGACUUUGGUCUUCUUUUUCAUCAAUUCUUAUCAACUUUUGAACAA